UAAAUUAACAGCACAAGUAAAAACAAUGGUGAAAUGGUAAUAUUUAAGUAACAACAACAAACAUUAAAAAAGGGAUAACAUACAUUAAGCCAUUAAGUUUAUUUUUAUUGUUAUUAAUAUAUUGGAUCAAUAUUUGACAGGGGUAGUCUACUAACUUGGAGUGGAGUUGAAUACCUCAGUGGUGAAGAUGCUUGCCUUUUGACCAGGAUUCUGGGUUCAAUUUCUGUCACAGCAGGAAUUUUUUCUCACGACUAAAAACGACUCCACUCCCUAUGCCUCAUAAAGUGACUUAGUUUAUAAAGCAUCAUUUCAUCUUAUAAGUGGCAAGUGUACUUGAUGUUGGAUGUGAAGGAAAUAAAAAAAAAAAAAACAAAGCAAAAACUAAACUAAAUUCAAGUGUUCAACAAAUAAUACAACAUUAGGUACUUUAUGAAAACUGUUUACUUUUUCAUUUUGUGAUUUUUGCCACAGAAAGUGUCAUGAUGCAGGGGACCAUCCCCCAAUCACCCCGAUGCAGUCAGCAAGUGAGAGUGAGAUAGGAGGUGAGCCAUGGCGUCUGUAUGAUUAUAUCAUAAGACAUUUCAUUGCUACUAAGGGCAGCAGAUGCAAUGAGUGUACCCAUCCAACCUGCCAGCACUCCCUCUCAAAGAGAGGGGUUGCUAAGUGCGGGGAGUGUGAGUACGGGAUUCUGGCCCUUGAUGUCAACUCAGCCCAAAUGGAAGAUGGUGUGUAACAGGUGCUCUUUCAUGGUUCGACUAUUCACCGAUGCGCACAAGAUAGCAUUAGUUGCUGAUAGUCGCUGUGAGGGCUGUAAUGCUGCAAUAAUGUCUGUAGAAUUUAACAAGGUCAAGACUCCACUAGGAAAAGAGACACACCACUCAGGCUGUGCCUUCUGUGACCCUAUCUUCUCCUCUCAUUAAAACAUUCCACCAAGCAGCGAGACCUGUUAGUUCCACAUGUGGAAGAGGAGGGACGCGAGGGGGAGGAGGAGAAAGAGGAGGAGUCAGUGGCAGGGGAAGACGGGGUAGGGGAAGAGGAAGAGGAGGAAGGGAUAAGCUUGAUUUUUAAUUGAUUAGAAUAAUAUGAAAACUAGUUUAAAAGAAGUAUUUUUUUACAUAAUUUAAAGCAUUGUGAAAAUCUAUUUUAAAGUUAGCAAUCUGCAUUGUGCUAUGUGCUACAUGAUCCUUCCAUCCAUCCCUGUUGGCUCCCCAUGUUCUGGUUGUUCCCCAUGAUAUCCACCCAGGGCUACAAAUAAAAUUCUGCUUUUUAAAAUUCUACAUUUGGUUUCAAUCCAAUGACUCUUUUGAAGCUAAGUGUUGCAGAUUUUUUUUUAAUUUGAAAGUGUAUAUUUUACAACUAUAACACAAAUUUCCCUAUCCCUAAUGUACUAAUAAUCUAUUAGCAAUUUUCACUGUCUUUUAAUUAUUCAUAAUAAUAAGUGGGAUUUGUAUAACAUCUUGAUUAGUUCCUAUGUAUAUUCUAUGCUAUAUGAAUGAAUACAUAGUGUUGGUAGACAACAUUGCAUUCUCUAUUAAGAAAUAUAAAAAAAAUUAAUUAUGUAUUUCAUAAUCAUGUUGUAUGUAAUAGGUAUAUGCGUGUGUGUGAACGUUAAGUAUGCACGCUGCUCUAAGAUCGUAAACUAGCAAACUUGAAAACUGUAAAACAUAUUCACUCUUCUCAAGUUGUAAAAUGUACUUCUGUGAAUCGUGAAGCAUUUCCGAGAGUCGCACCAAAUGAUGAAUCUGAACUUGGGGUCUUACACAGGGUCGGCUUGUACUUAAAUGUACAGUAGUACUAUAUAGUAUUCAGAUAUUAAAUUUAUAUUUGCAGCAUAGGAACUUUGACCCAACAGUGAGUUAUAACUACUGUAAUUGAUUAUAGGAUGAAUGUAAUAUACAUUCUCAUUAAUCUCCAAUGUUUUAUAUGAAAUUAAACCAUUUUUCAAAAGUA